AAAGUCAAACAGGUGAAAAAAUGCGUGAUCAUCCAGCGGUGCCAAAUGUGUUUCGUGUUGCCUCAUCGCACAGCAUUAAUAGCAUGGGCGUUGCUGUCACGCCCAGCAGUAAUAAUAUGCAGCAGCAGCAGCAGCAAUUAAAAAUGGGCGCCAAUAUCAAGUAUGCGAAAAGCAACAGCUAUGAGCAGCAGCAACUAGCACAGUUGGAACCACAACCGCAACAGCAGCUGGCUAAGCAUCAGCUAACCACCAGCGCAUCCAUUGAGCAGACGCAUCAAUCGAUGCAGCAACAGCAAUCGCCGUACGCAACGUUGCCCCGCGGCGGUCUGCGACGCACGCAACAAGAACAACAGCAGCAACAACAAUACUCUAAGCAGCAGCAGCAGCAAAUACAGCACGAGUCACAAAAGCAUCUGCAUACAGGUGUCAUCAAUACGAUUUCAGGCAGCAUUCCAGCGACGGGCUUUCAGUCGCUAGCUGGCAGCUUCAGCGAUUUGCAGCUCAACAAUUUGAGCCGCAACAACAACAUCUGCUCCACCAACAGCAGCAACAAUAAUGAAAAGCGACAGCAACAAUUGCUCUUGCACCACCAACAACAGCAGCAACAGCAACACCCACCACACCAGCAGCGUCAAGUACCUUGCAAACCUACCGAACAGCAGUGGGCAUCACUGUCGCCUGAGGAUGCUGGUACCACUCUGGAAACCCAGCCUGGAUUCACGAGCAUGUCCAGCGCCAGAGGCGGUUACCUGUGGCUACUGACACCUGUUGCGGCUAG